AUGUCCUACAAUUGCUGCUCUGGAAACUUCUCCUCCCACUCCCUUGGGGGCUACCAGUGCUAGCCAGGCUUCUCCCGUGGCUCCUUCUACCCCAGCAACCUGGUCUAUAGCAGACCUCUGCUCUCCCAACACCUGCCAGCUGGACUCCUCUCUCUACAGUCAGGAGACCUGCUGUGA